AUGUCAGGUUUACCAUAUCUCCAGAAACUGCGCAAGAGCGAGCUUACCGAGUUCGCCGAGACCAGUAAACUGCCCGACUUUGCUCAUUUGAAGAAAGCCGAGCUCGAAGUCGCCCUUGACGAACACUUGCGCUCCAACUCGACAACAUAUGGCAAGGAUCCCUCGUUGAGUGAAUACUACAAGCGGCUGGCGAGCAGCUCGCGAUCGCCCACCAAGAGAGCGACCGCUGAGAAGGUCUCGGAGAAUGUCAAGACCGACGACGAUGCUGCGCCUGCAAAGAAGCCGAGACGGAAGACAACCUCGACUACUCAGGAAGUGGAGGAGCCACAACAAACCGUCAAUGCCCUUAUCAAAACCCCGGCCAAAGAGGUGGCACGUCGGACUUCGAUUCUAGCUUCGCAGAUUCCCAUACCGCCCUCGCCGGCCGUCGUCACGGACGCCAUUGAUCAACAGACGCGUCGCAUUCGAACCUCCAUCUCCCAUGCCUAUGAGCAAACUCAGGUCCACGAAUUUGCCGAUGCUUCGCGCGAUAUUCUAUCGUCGCCUAUGACGGUCAUCGUGCUCGCCAUCCUCCUGGAGGCGUAUGGGCUCCGCGCGCAAAUCUUACCCAACAAGCCGUUAACUGAAAUCCCGGCCAUCCCGUACAUCAAGUCGACCAAGACGCCCAUCCUGCUGCCAGACUUGUUUCUGUUGCUGGAUUCCAAGUUCUGGUCGCCCUUCUCACUGUGGACUCUGACCUCGCUGAUUCUACCAGCCACCAUCUCGUACUUCAUCAAUCUGCCGCUGAAAGCUCAUCCCAGCCACAGCUAUUCGACGCGCCGAGCUGCCCUCCAGGCGAAUGCGCAGAUGCAAUUCGACCCCUUCAUUUUCAGUCUCGCAAAAGGAUUGAUUGUGUACCUGGUGUACGCCUACCACUACUCUCUGGGUGGUCUUUACACCAACUUUACCAUUGCGACUGUCAAUGAAAGCAUUCCUGGCGGCUACUUUGCAGUGUUGGUCAGUUCAGGCCUCGGAGCUGCAGUGAGCUUGUAUGAAGCUGUAUUGAAGAAGUAG